CAAACAAGUGGAGCGUCGCCCCGACCUGCGACCCCGUUAUCAAGGGAACGACGUCUGGGUGCCAGUCUGUUGAGAAUAUUGUGCUGUGUAUAGUGUAUCAUGGGUGCUGCGCUGUGGCUCGUGCUGGUGGCCUGCUUCAGGCUCGCUGCAUUUGCUGAAUCUGAGCCGUCCUGCGUGAUCGAGUUGGAUUGUCGCGAAUGUAUCCCGGACCACAUGCCGCUGGUGACGUCACACCGCGCACGCGACGCGCGCGUGUCCGCCUCGCUCGGCGAGGAGCUGCGGCUCGCGUGCGGCCGCGGGACGUUGCUAGCUUAUCCUGGCAGGAGCGAAGUGCGGGUGGUGUGCGAGGGCGGCAGGUUCCGGGUGAGGGAGGACGGCAGAUUGCGCCAUCUGCUGGAGCUGGGAUGUCAGGAAGAUGUGUUUGAAGAUGUGCUGCAUGACGUGGAGCACUGCAGGCCGCCGCUGCAGGGGCGCGCGUACCUGGCGGGCGCGCGACACCUGGCCGCCGUCUGCUUCGACGCGGACGCUGCAGCGCCGCGCCGCGCGCUGCUGGCGCCCGACCUGGCGCUGCCGCCGCACGCCGACCGCCUCGCGCCGCUCACCGUCCUCGGGAACUUCAACCAUAUGUUUGACAGCACCACUAGGAAAGACGCAGAAGCGUUAUUCCACGACGACGCGAGCGCCAACAGAAGGCUCAAGGAGUUGUUGAAGCACGACGAUGUGACGUUGGGCGAACAGACGGUGACGGCCGCGAAGCUGCUGGGACCGCAUUACUUCGAGGAUCAGAACGCGAGGGUUACGGAUUUCGUGUCUAAUAAGGUGGUGACCUGGCGAAGCGUGGCGCACGGUAACUGGCGCCACCUGCAGCGUGACGUGGCGCGAGCGCUGCGCGCGGGCCCGCGGCGCGUGUGGGCGGGCACGCGCGGCGUGGCGGCGCUGCGCGGCGCGCGCGCGCGCGUGCCCGUGGAGCUGCGCGCCGGCGGCCGGUUCCCCGCCCCCAAAUAUCUGUGGACGGUCGUCCUGGACACGCAAUCGAGGACUGGAGUCGCUUUAGUAGUGCUCAACGAUCCGUUUGUGGCCGUUAGCGAAAUCAAGGACGCCGUGUUCUGCGAGAGUAUAUGUUCGAGCAUCUCCUGGCUGCGAGAAUUACGUCGUAAUCGCAACUACGAGACUCCCGUGCUCGGCCUUACGUUUUGCUGCAGUCUGCAGAACUUCACCGAUAUCGUCGAAGAAAUGCCUAAGAAUAUCGUCCCACAUUUGGAUCAGUAUACUGUGUUGACGGAUUUGAAUUUACAAGAGAAUGAUACGCUAAAGAACGGUGUUUAAAAGAGUUUAUUAAAAAAUAUUAUAAUUAUAGAA